GUAUAUGAAUGUCUCUAGAGCGUGGUCUUAAUUCGCUUAGUGGUAUUUACAGUAAAAGUCACGGAUCAGGUCCUCACGCUAGUGAAAGGAUAAACAACUCUUAUUUCUCUUGCUCCAAUUUAAUCCACAGAUUCCAUCUUCAGAAACUAACAGGGCUCGGAAAGAACAAUCCUAAGAGGCUUAUAAUUGAUAUCAAGAUGAGAAGGUGCAGCAAUAAGCAGGGUCAAUUGGGAAAGUUACCAUCUUACACCAGUUGAAAGGUAAGACGUGCAGUCAAGUAAUUUCUGACCAGCAAUAAGCACCUUCAAGUUCGAUUUAUUUUCAGGGUUUACUAGGCCACGCUAACGUGGACUAUGAAAAUGAAAAUAACCAGUUAUAUCUUGAGAUAUUUCAAUCCAAGGGAACUGCCGUAUGAGCUUAAUUGAUGCAAUUUUUUAGGAUAAAACAAGACAAGUUCAACCAGCAAAAAGUAUAUGCAGCUGAUCUUAUAUCCACAAACUAAUAACUAAAAAAGGGAAAUCCCACUUGCCACUUAUAUAAUCAAGAAUCUUGUUUGGUUAAGAAAAUAAAGAGCCAGCCGUGGAUACUGAUUCUUCACUUUCACUCGCUGUUCCUUGUCUUUCUCCAUUUUGUGGUUCCUAAAGGAACGGGUCACUCCAUAUUCUGCCCUUUUGGAGGAUAUAUUCUCCCAACUGGCUGAAACGCCCAGCCUUUUCCUCCUGCUUAUAAGGAGCUCCCUUCUGUGGCAUUUGUACCAUACCAUAACUUGACUUCAAUUCACCUUCCUGGACUGAAACACCUACCUUUCCUUCUUUUCCUUUUGUUAGCACUCAACCUACUAAUUUUUCCUUUCAUAUUCAUCUUCUGACCAGGUUUCCGGCUUUUUGGUGUGGCAUUUUCCAAAUCCCAUAAAUAUAUUCUCUCACAGCAGUAAAUUGUACUUAUUUAUUUAGGCUACACUAAUGGCAUCCAACUCUCUCACUUCUUCACGUAGCUCUAGCUCCUCUUGGACCCCAAAGCAAAACAAACUAUUUGAAAGGGCCCUUGCUGUAUAUGACAAGGACACCCCAGACCGCUGGAUAAAUGUUGCCAAGGCUGUGGGUGGGAAAUCGGCAGAGGAAGUCAAGAAGCACUACGAAAAACUCAUUAGAGAUGUAAAAGACAUUGAGUCCGGUCGGUACCCAUAUCCUAGCUAUGGUUCAAGUGGAAACGGCAUCUAAAUUAUUGGGCAUGAAUAGCACAGUAUCCUUAAAUAUUUUAUAUCAACUGAAGGUCAGAUGCAACUAGUAGACUUAAUCAGCAACAGAUGCGUGAAAAUCACUCCUCCCCGUACGGGGGAGGAGAGACAAAAAUAGUUGAUAGAUGUGAAAAGACGUGAGUGUUGCCCAUGCUAUGUCUUUGUCCAUCUUCAUAUUCGUCUUUUAUGUAUCUUUUUCUUCGUAAUGUUUCCUAGCACCUCGUGAUUAAAUUAUAGUGCAGUGUAACUGUAUCAAGCAUAUAUUAGUCCUGCUUUA